AUGUUCCGCCUCAAGAGUCUUGACGCCACUACUUCAGCCAUCAUCAACCCUCCACCUAAGCCACACCCCAAGCCAGGCAUGCCGCUUGUCGAUUCCAGCCUUGCUGAGUUCAUUGCUGGCCAACCUCAAGGCUUCACUCAUGUCGCCGUCGCUGCAGCCGUCUUUCACGAGGAUCGUCUUCUUCUGGUCCAACGCGCUGAAACUGACAGCUACCCUGGCCAUUGGGAGCUGCCUGGCGGAUCGGCUGACCCUACCGACAAAUCCAUCAGCGAAUCGGUCGGUCGCGAGCUGUUUGAGGAGACUGGUCUUCGCAUGAAGCGCAUCCUCUCCGAGGUCCUCCCACCCACAACCUUCUCGACCGGCUGGGGCAAGCGUCAAAAGACAUGGCUCAAGGUCAGCUUUGUGGUCGAAGUCACUGCAGAGUCCAAGGCACGGAUUGAGCAUGAGGUCGAGAUGCAAGGAAGCCAGGAACUCACACGCAAGGAUAGCGUCAUUGCCGUGGACCCUCCUGCCAUCAAGCUUCACGACAAGGAACAUCAGAAGUAUGUGUGGAUCUCAGCUGAAGAGGUCAUCAAGAACAGAGUGUCGAUGCCCGGUGAGAACGCCAUGGAGUUCAUCUCGACAGACAGCGUGUCAACCAUCCUGGACGCAUUCCGCUUGAACAAGCACAUCCAGAAGGCUGAGAUUGCCGAAGCACUGCAGCUGACCGAAAAGAAGAAUGGAGAGACCUGA